GCAGUGCUAGAUGCUCGUGAACCAGAGUCGUCAACAAACAAAUUUACACUCCUCCCCACCCCCCACGUUGAAGUCGGUUUCCGUUUCCACGUAGCAACAGAGACGCUUAAUGCAAGCAAAUAGCUAGCUACUGUUCAAGAGCACGUAAAGAUGGCGGAGGUAGAGGAGACACUGAAGAGAAUUCAGACGCACAAAGGUGUUAUUGGCAUAAUAGUUGCGAAUGCAGAAGGAAUACCAAUCAGAACCACUCUAGACAAUUCUACCACUGUGCAGUAUGCAGGGCUGUUGCACCAGCUCACAAUGAAGGCCAGAAGCACUGUCAGAGACAUUGACCCCCAGAAUGACCUGACCUUUUUGCGCAUCAGAUCAAAGAAGCAUGAGAUAAUGGUGGCACCAGAAAAAGAAUACCUGUUAAUUGUCAUCCAGAAUCCUAGUGAAUAGUUGCCUCCCUCAGCAGACACCCAACAGGGACCAGUGCUCCGAUGUAGCUCACACCACAUCGUAAUAACUUAUGCAUUACUUGACCACAGCAACCAUCCCACUGAAUGAAUGGUGCUCUCUCUGCUUCACUGUCACUUUGCAUAGCAACCACCAUGUUUUCAGCCAACUACUCGUUCCUCUUUCUCUAAACUCUGCCUUACUUAUGUACUGUCUCCUGGAUUAUACUGUUUUGUGUGGCCUCUGAAGAGUGAAAAUAAAAAAUAUAUAUACUACAAAGAUAAAUAAUGAAAGAAUUGUCACUUGAGAAUGGCUUUCAAAGGCUUGGCUCUGGUCUGUUGAUCUUCACUAGGCUUCAUUUUUUUUGUUUUAUGCUCCUUGUCUGAAAAUGGUUGUGCUGAUGCUCUGAUGUAGAAGUCUGAAAAAUGAAAACUUUAGACAAAGUAAAAGAUGGAAUUAAGGUUAUGAAUACUGUUUUUAAUGCUUUCUUUAUAUUUGACUGAUGUAUUAAAGAUAAUUUUCUAUCCCUCUAAUAAUAUUAAUUUAAUUAUCUUCAUUCUGGUAAAUCAUUUUAUAAUAAACUUAACUAAAAAUGUA